AUUAAGGUGGAGCAGAAGUACAGAGAGUACGAGCAACAAAUGCAGGGAGUGGUUCGGUCGUUCGAGCAGGCGGCAGGGCUGGGGUCGGCCAAGUCGUACGCCUCGCUCGCGCUACAGACAAUCUCUAAGCAAUUCCGGUGCCUCAAAGAUGCAAUAUGUUCCCAAAUAAGAGCCACCGGGAAGAGCCUUGGGGAGGAGGACUGGCUCGGGGCCAAGAUCCAAGGGUCCAGAUUGCGAUACGUGGACCAUCAUCUACGGCAGCAGAGAGCCCUACAGCAGUUGGGAAUGAUUCAGCAUAAUACUUGGAGGCCGCAGAGGGGAUUGCCUGAACGUGCCGUUUCUGUUCUUCGUGCUUGGCUUUUUGAGCAUUUCCUUCACCCAUAUCCCAAGGAUUCAGACAAGAUUAUUCUCGCCAAGCAAACGGGACUCACAAGGAGCCAAGUUUCGAACUGGUUUAUAAAUGCGAGAGUUCGCCUAUGGAAGCCAAUGGUUGAGGAAAUGUACUUGGAGGAAAUCAAAGAUCAAGAACAAAAUGGAGAAUCCCAAGACAUGAACAGAAACAACAAGAACGAACACAACAAGAUGCAACAUGGAGGAGGAGGAGGAGAUCAUCAGAAUCAUAACAAUGCAGAAGCAGCAAACUUUAAAUUGAUGAACGACCCACAAUCCAAGACAGAAAAUUUCAUCAACAAUCAUUCUCUCACGGAUCAUCACAUGUCCAAUAACAACUCAUCAUCAUCCUCAAUGUUGGGAUCAUUCAGCCUGAUCCGACCAUCCUCCUCCGACAUUCUGGGAAGUCCCAAGAAGCCAAGAACAAACAACAACAACAACCUUGAUUUUGAAUCAGCUCCCUCCACAAAAACCAUGCUUUUAAGAGACCAAAUUAACGACACCAAACACCUUCUCCACACUAGCUCCGGCCAUGCCCCUGGAUUUGGCGCCUACCCAAUUGCCGAAAUUGGAUCAAGGUUCAAUCCUGAGAUGUUGACCCCAAGAUUUCAUGGCAAUGGCGUCUCUCUCACUCUUGGCCUCCCACAUUCACAUUCCGAUAACCUCUCUCUUUCAGCAACCCAACACAACUACCUCUCCAACCCAAACCUAAGGCCGGUAGAAUUGGGAAAUAGUGUCGGAGCCGACUUCACCGACAUCCCGCCGCCUCCACCCUCCACCGCCUACGACGGCGUCGAAAUGCAAACCACCAAAAGGUUCGCCGCCCAAUUAUUGCCUGAUUUUGUUGCCUGAUGCUGCAGAUUGAAACAAGAGCCAUCCGAGGAAAAUGUGGCUCGCUCCAAACUCCAACUAUAAACAAAUACAAUGUCAGUAUAGGAACAUAUAAAUCUGUAUUUAUGUAUACUUUAAUUGCUUACUUGAUAUUUAUAUGGAACUUAAUUUGUAUUAUGUAUAAAUCUUCACACACCACAUCUCCAGAAAUAAGCGUAGGAUUGGGAAGAACAAUUAGUGUGCCAAAUCAUUUAGUGAAUUUGUAUCUUUUCUUCUCGUUUUUUUUUAA